GAACGCCCUUACAUGGUUCAGGAUGGUCUACUGACGCAGAUCUCCCGACUUACGUUCGUAGCGAGGCCGUUCCACUUCCAGCGAGGCGUACUGAGGGUUAAAUGUGUGGCGGAGAUCAGUGGUAAUCGGCUGGCCCACCACACUACCAUACUUGACAACUUCAGAGCCUGGGAGAGAUCUUUCCAGGCCAGCGGAGAGAGUCUUGGGGUGGCACCGAGUCUAGCACUUAUGGCCUCCUGCUUCACGCUCUGUGCCUCCUUCGCCACCUCCUUCAGCGCUUCCUUCUUCUUCGCUACCUCCUUCGCCGCCUCCUUCACGGACUCUAUCGCCACCUCCUUCGUCACUUCCCUCAAGGACUCCUUCAUCACCUCCCUCAAGAACUCCUUCAGUACCUCCUCCUUCAGAGACUCCUACACCACCUCCUUCAGUAGAUGAGAUCAAGCAACACAGAUGAUCGUAAAUAAUGAAGACACUAAAAAUUGUAUUAUCAUUGUAGUUGGACAAAAUCAACCGGACAAAUUGUAAUGUGUAUACGGACAAAAAUCAACCGGACAAAUUGUAAUGUGUCUAUACGGACGUAAUCGAUCAGACAAAUUGUGGUGAAUCUCUAUGCGGACAAAUUGUAAUGUGACUGUAUACGGACAAAACCAACCGGACAAAUUGUAAGUUGUCUCUAUACGGACAAAAUCAACCGGACAGAUCAACUCAAGCAUUGUAAUAACAAAUAAAUAAAUAAAAUUAUAUCUAAGUGGACAAAAUAAAAAUAACUGGACUAAUUGACAUAACAGAAUCUUUAACCGGACAAAAUCAUUAAUUGGACAAAAUCUAUAACCAGGCAUAAUCUUUAACAGAACUAAAUAUUUAACUAGACAGAAUCUUUAACCGGACAUAAUCUUUAACAGGACAGAAUCUAUAACCGGGCAAAAUAUUAAACCGGACAAAAUCAUCAACUGGACAAACUUUUUAACAAGAUAGAAUUUACUUGACAGAUUACCUCCCAAUAACUGUUUGUAGACUGUGAGGUAACGAUGACUGGUAACUGGGACCUAACUGGUAACAAUAGGAGUACCCCAAGACUGUCCCAGUUAAUCUACAGAGAUAAUGACAGUCACUAGUUAGUCUACAGCAGGGGUCACCAAACUUUUUUCACAGUGGGCCGGAUAACUGAAAGAAUGACGAGCGCGGGCAGCAUAAUCAUUCUGUUCAAUACU